CUUUUAAAUUUUUAGAAAUUUGAGAGAGAGAGAGAGAGAGAGAGAGAGUGGAGGUAAGUGGAACUCUUUUCCGAACAGCAGGACGUCGUCUCUUUCGCCUCCGUCCACUUCCUCUUCGCCGGAAGGACACCACGCCGGAGUAGUAGACAAGUCAUGGAAGUGGGGAGGCUGCCGAUAUCGGCGACGCAGAAGGGGAAGCUUAUCUCAGCCGGCUACACCUCUCUCUCUUCCCUUUCUUCCCUCUCUCCCUCUCUCCUCUCUCGAGAUUUGAGUAUAACAGAGACCGAAGCCCUUGUAAUCAUCAAGCACGCCUCCCGUGGGGGCAGCCCCAGUCGAAGCCCUGCUAUCAACGGCGCCCAAACGGCAUGGGAGAUGCUCCACGAGGAGGAACUGUUCACCAGAAUCACCACAUCUUCCGCUGACCUCGAUAACAUCCUGGGUGGAGGAAUAAGCUGCAAGGAAGUCACUGAAAUUGGUGGAAUACCAGGAAUCGGCAAGACGCAGAUUGGGAUUCAGCUUGCGGUCAAUGUUCAAAUUCCAGUCGAUUGCAGAGGCUUAGGAGGAAAGGCCAUAUAUAUAGAUACGGAAGGAAGCUUUAUGGUAGAGCGUGUGCUGCAAAUCGCCAAAGCAUGUGCGGAGGAAAUGUCGGCGAACUAUGAUUUCUCAAGAAAUGGUUUACCUUCAGGCCAGGUUCUGAUGCAGCCUCAAGAUUUCUUGGAGAACAUAAUAUGUUACCGGGUCUGCAGUUAUACCGAACAGAUUGCUUUGGUCAAUUCCUUGGACAAGAUCAUCUGUGCGCAUAGAGAAGUUAAAAUUGUCAUAAUCGACAGUAUUACUUUCCAUUUCCGUCAAGAUUUUGACGACAUGGCCCUCAGAACAAGGUUACUAAGUGGAAUGGCUCUGAAGCUGAUGAAGCUUGCAAAAAAGUUUUCUCUAGCUGUUGUCCUUUUGAAUCAAGCGGCCAACAAGUAUACAGAAGGCUCGUUACAGCUGAGUCUAGCAUUAGGUGAUAGCUGGUCUCAUGCAUGCACAAACCGAAUCAUUUUGUACUGGAAUGGCAACGAGAGGUAUGCUUAUAUCGACAAGUCGCCCUCACUUCGGUCCAGGUCAGCGCCCUAUGCUGUUACCAGCAGCGGGAUCAGGAAUUUGGUUUCGGACAGCAAACGAAUGAAGAUGAUGUAAGCAAUUAAUAGGUUCACAAGGAGAACAUCAACCUUUAUCUGGGUAUAGGGAUGUGAAUAGGUACAGGAAGUUUAGACAAGUAUUGGCUUCCCGAAAACCUCCGGAAGUAUCAACAUUGGAACCCUUUGGCAUUGUUUUCUUGACUUUCACAGUCCAUUUCUGUGAGCUGCUUUUAAGUUUAGUGCACACAAAAGCCAUGACGUAUAGAACCUCGAAGGAGCUUUUUUCUGAGAUCUACGAUUAAAGAUGUUUCUGCACCAUAAAGAACCAGAAUAUCAUAUUUACCAUUUCCUGCUGCUUGUCUGCAAAAUGUAUAUAAUUCAGAUAGCAGUUACAGUUCGAUUUGAA